AUGGACCUUUCUCAAAAAUCAACAAUUGUGCGUGGAAGGAGAAAGAAUAAAAGGAAGUGGACUAUGAAUGAAGAUGAUGAGCUUAUGAAAGCACUGUAUGAGAUAUCACUGGAGCCAAAGUGGAAGGGGCAAGGAGGAGGCUUUAAUAAUGGGUAUUUAUCUGCACUAGAGGACAUUCUUGCUGAGAAGCUACCAGGCACUGGAAUUUUAGCUUUACCUCAUAUUGAGUCUAGAGUUAGGCAUUUUAGGACAAAGUAUGGAGCACUGGAACAAAUGCUGAGCAGAAGUGGCUUCACCUGGGAUGAUACUAAGAAGAUGCUUCAGUGUGAAAAGAUACAGUACGAUAAACAUUGCAAGGAUCAUCCUGAUGCUAAGGGCCUGUAUGGCACCAAAUUCUCUUACUAUAAUACAUUAUCUGCAAUAUAUAGAAAUGAUAUAGCUACUGGUGAAGGCGCCAAAGAUAUCAAUGAGGCUGUUGGCAACAUGAAAGAAGAGCUUGCUGCUGAACAUGGUAAUCAGCAUUGCGAAGAAGAGGAUAGAAUGUCCAAAGAAACCCCUAGACGGUCCGUUGACUCGGCAUCAUCUAGCUACAAGAGGAGGAAGCGGCAAGGAGGGAAGAGCAAGGAUAGUGGAACAAGUGAUCCUUUUCUGGACAUGUUACAUAAAGUCCAAGGUGAUUUGAAGGGUGUGGCUAGUAAUGUUGGAAAAAUGGCAGAAGCAAUGGAUCAUGAGACUGCAAUUCAAGAGAAGGCGAUGAAUGAAAAUCCACAACAGAUUUUAAGGGAGAAGGCUGUAGCAGAGUUGCGCAAGCUAGGGUUUACUGGGACAGAACAAAUCAAGCUGCUACUGUAUUUGUGA